AUGCAAAUUUAUUUCAUUUCCAUUACAAUACUGAUCAUCUAUUUAAGUUUAGCUGAUGAUUUGCUUUUAAGCCUCAAAACACAUUUAAAUGAGCUAAAGACCAAGGCAACUGCAAUAGGAGAAAGUAAGCCAACUAGUUCAUCAAAUGUAUUUGGCUAUCCUUCAUCUUGCCUGGCUGCCUACAUCAAUACAAAUGGCAUUCACAUGAUCCAAGUGCCCGGACUGGAGCCCUUUCUGGUGGCAUGCGACACUCGAGUGGCCGGAGCCGGCUGGACAGUGAUUCAACGUCGACAAGAUGGUACUGAGAACUUUUAUCGCAAUUGGCUUGAGUAUCGCAAUGGUUUUGGCAGCCUAGGCGGUGAGUUCUUUAUUGGUUUGGAGAGAUUAAAUCAUUUAACUACCGCAGAGCCAUACGAGUUGUAUAUAUAUCUCGAAGACUUCAAUGGUGAUACUCGCCAUGCGAAAUACGAUAACUUCACGAUAGACAACGAAGAGAAUUCAUAUGCCAUAGCUUCGUUGGGCCGAUAUUCAGGGGAUGCUGGAGAUUCGUUUAGCUAUCACAAGGGAAUGCCAUUCUCGACAUUUGAUCAUGAUGUGAGUGGCAAAGGUUGUGCCAGUACAAAUGUGGGAGCUUGGUGGUAUAAUGAUUGCCAGCAGAGCAAUCUUAAUGGACAAUAUGUGGAGGGUGGCAAAUAUGAGGUGAAACUUUCUGGUCGUGGCAUUUGUUGGAAAUCUUGGCGUGGUUAUGAUUAUGGCUACAAAAUCACUCAAAUGAUGAUUAGGCCGAAAUGCUCAAACAGCAUAAGAAGACAAGAACAACAACAACAACUACUAAGGGAACAAGAACUUAAAAAUCAGCCGCGAUCUCCAAGGCAGACGACUCAAUUUGUAGAAUGUCAACCUGGAGAAACGUGACUUGAAAUAGCCACAAUUGUUGUUGAAACUAAAUUUUCGAAUUAUGUUUUAUGA